GGAGACUUGCUUUCCACACAGCUAAUACGCGACACAGACGUAAGUCUGGACUUGUUUAAGCUGACAGCAAAACGUCGAAGACAGACUGAAGACAAUCAUGUGGCCAACAGGCCCUGAAAUACUGUAGCGACAGACGGACCAAAAUCUUGGAUACAUACGAGAUUGGAACUUUAUGAAUCAUUGUGUUGGAUAAAGCAAGGCUUGAAAACAAACAUCAAAAGAUCAUCAACAAACAUCAUCUGAGUGGACAUCAGGAUGUUGUCAAACAAAGGUGAGCAGAGGUCUUUCAGCAAUGGGCGUCUAAGAGACCAAUGGGAGAAGAGAGCGCAGACAAUAGCGGAUCAGUGCAAAAAGGAAGUGCAGAUGAAGGAGAAAAGUUCCCUCAAAUUGCUUUGCUCAAAGUGGAACUAUCACUGGGCUCUGGCCGCCAAUGGAGAUGUCACAAAAGGUGAAACCUCCGACUUCCAGAAGCUCACUUCAGAAGAGGCAGAAAAAAACAAGCCAAAAAUCAAAUUCAAAAUUGUCCCUCCCCCUCCUCCCAAACCCAAAAGUAAAACGCCACCACCACCUCCAUCUAGGAGAGCAUCACCUCAACCUCUAAUUGUGAAGCGCAAAGUUGAAGUGGACAUAUUCCGGUUACACUGGAGAGAGUCCUGGAUGAGUAUGAAACCACCCAAGUAUCUUUUUCUUAAGGCCAAUGAGAGAAAAACCAAAAUUCAAGGAUUUACAACUAUAGAUGUGGUCAGAGACAAGAACUGCAAACAAAAGCCUGAAUGGAUAUCUACUAUUGACUGGAGCCAAUCCUGGAAGCAGGUAAAAGGAACAACCCUGUCAGAGUGUUCCGGGCAGAAAUCAUUCCAAUGGGAGAUUUUGUUUCAUAGAGAUGAGAUCCCCAUUCCAAUAGUAGGAGUGUAUCAACUUCCUGUAUGGGCUGGCACCUGGAAGAUUAUGAACUUUGCCUUCAGACAACAGAAGCAAAUGUGGGAUUGUGAAUGGUCUGUUUUACGACAAAGUUUCAGUAACAAGUUUGACAAAGUGCAACAACUCUUGGAGCAGGAGGAGCUCCCAGAGUGGGAAGAUUCAUGGAGGCUUUCAAAACCCAUAAUUAGUACUGAAGACUGUACACUAUCUGAGCUCACGCUUGAAAUUAUGAAGAUAAACGAUGUACUACUGACUGGGUGGAACAAGUCCUGGCUGAUCUCUGCAUCUGUGUUGGAGGAAGAAAAUCACAAUGACUGGAAUUCUUGUUGUCAUUUCAGGCUGCAGCUCAGGUGGGGUAGGCCUUCUCUACAAUCCCAUCAAAGGCACAGCAACAUGAUGAAAAGGAAGCGUAAUAUUCUCAACACCCUCCUUACAUCACAACUGAAUGAUGGUAAUCCUGAUUUCAGCGAGUGGUGGGAUUCUUGGAGGACUGUGAAAAAAUGGAACUCACCGGAAGAGAGUGGCCAAGGUGAGGAAGAAGACAGUGACGAUUAUGAAUUGUUUAAUGACACAGAAGAAGAGGAUGAAGGAGUGGACAAUAAUGAGGAGAACGACGGGUUGGAUGAGGAGGAAAUUGAGGAUGAAGAAGAGGAUAGUGAAGAUGAGAAAGAGGAGGAUGAAGGAGUCGAUGAGGAAGAGAAAGCAGAGGAUACAGAGAUUGAAAACAACGAAGAGGAUAUAGACAUAAUGACAGAACACCGUAAUGCACAAAAUGAUCAAAGUGACACUGCAUGUAAUGAGAAAGAAGAUACAGAAAAUGAAGAGGAGAGCAAAGAAGAUGAGUUUGAUGAGGAGGAGGAUGAUCAUGAAGAGGAGAGCAAAGAAGAUGAGGAGUUUGAUGAGGAGGAGGAUGAUCGUGAAGAGGACAUCGUCGCACAUGAGAUCAAACUGCAGAACAAUAUUAACGUUCAAAACCCUGAGGAGGAGGAUGACGAUGGAGACAAUGGGAUGACUGACGAUGGAGAAGAAGAGAAAGCAAAUAAAUGGCCUCAUGACAAUAGAGUGGACGUAAUGCAAGAAAAGGGAGUUCAUGAGCUGGACAGAGUCAAGGGAACUACUGAGCAGAAGGAGGAGGAGGAGGAGGAGGAAGAGGAGGAGGAGGAGGAGAAAGAGGAGGAGGAGGAAGAGGAGGAGGAGGAGGAAGAGGAAGUUGAAACUGAUGAAGAUAAGCAGACCAAUGACAAUGAAGGCAGAGAGAAAACAGAUGGAGACGAAGAUGACAGUGACACAGGGGACAAUGAAAGUCACGCCUGGGCCAACAAUGCUACAGAUAAGAAAAAUUAUGAUAGGGGAAAAGAUCGGAAAGAACCAAUCCAAAAAGCAAAUACAGAAAAAUUACAAGAUGCAAAAGAUGAAGAUGAGCUUGAUGAUAUGGAAGAAUUAGUCUCUUUUGACAAGGAGGAUAAGAGAAAUGAAAUCCCCAUAAGAGAACAAGAAAAAGAAGAAGAAGAGGAAGAAGAGGAAGAGGAAGAGGAAGGGGAAGAGGAAGAGGAAGAGGAAAAGGAAGAAGAAGAAGAAGUGGAGGAAGAACAAGAAGAAGAUAUUGAAGAGAGAUCUCUUAGCAAAGCCGAGGAAAUAAUGCUGAAGACAGAUAAAGAGGCAGCAAUUAAAAAAGAAGAUGACAGUAACGUAGAGGAGGAAAAGAAGGAGCAGAAGUCCCGCAAGCCGAACGUCCCGCUUCACCUGCAAUUCCACAGACUGAACUCCUCCUUCUCCUCGUGGAAACAGUCUUGGAGGGUGGCAGUGGCUCACAGGUUAAGCGAUGAAGCUGAUGAAGACGACGACAGCGAGGCAGAACAAGAGGAGGUGAAGGCUUGGCGCGAAUCUUGGAGGAUCUAUCGCUGGAGAAAUCCACAGGAGGAUGAAGUUGCGUGUUUCUCGACAGAGCACCAGAGGGUGAAACAGAAAAGACUGGUGGAUGAAGACAGCCUGCGUAAGAAAAAAUGGACUCACAGCUGGAAGAUGACCAAGAAGGGCGAAGACACAUAAAAUGCAUGAAAGGAGGCUGGGGGAGUAGCUCUGGUAUGAUACGUUAGGUUUAAAAAUAUAUAUAUAGUUAAAAAAAGACUGAUCUGAAUAGAAUCAUCUUAGCAGUUUUAACAGAAUGGAUCCUUGUAAUUAGUGAUGGGGAAUGAAGAUUCAAAUUUGCUUCAUGAACCAUUUGUACUUUUCACUCUGUUUAACACUGGGCUAUAGACCCCUUUAUUUAAACCAACAGUGCCAUC